GCCCCGGCCAGCCCCGGAGGCGGCCCCGCAGCCUCGCAGCCGCGCGUCCCCGGGCCCAGCCGCAGCCCGCGAGGAGCCCGGCGCCCCGGCCCGCAAGCCCGGCGCAGGCAUGCAGGCCAGGCGCCUGGCCAAGCGCCCCAGCCUGGGCAGCCGCCGCGGGGGCGCUGCGCCCGCUCCCGCCCCCGAGGCCGCCGCUCUAGGGCUCCCGCCCCCCGGCCCCAGCCCGGCCGCCGCACCGGGAAGCUGGAGGCCGCCGCUGCCGCCGCCGCGCGGGACCGGUCCCCCGCGCGCUGCCGCCGCCUCGUCGCCGGUCCUGCUGCUGCUGGGCGAGGAGGACGAGGACGAGGAGGGCGCGGGCCGGAGGCGCAGGACGCGCGGGCGGGUAGCUGAGAAGCCCCGAGGGGGCGCGGAGGAGGAGGAGGACGACGAGGAAGAAGACGAAGAGGUGGUGGUCGAGGUGGUGGACGGCGACGAGGAUGACGAGGACUCCGAGGAACGCUUCGUGCCCCUCGGACCUGGCCGUGCGCUUCCUAAGGGCCCGGCCCGGGGCGCGGUGAAGGUGGGGAGUUUUAAGCGGGAGAUGACCUUCACGUAUCAAUCAGAGGACUUCAGACGUGACUCCAGUAAGAAGCUGUCUCAUCACCUCUUCCCGCUGGCCAUGGAGGAAGACGUGAGAACAGCAGACACCAAAAAAGCCAGUCGGAUCCUUGACCAAGACAAAGAGACUCGGUCCGUUUGUCUUCUUGAGCAGAAGCGGAAAGUGGUCUCCUCCAAUAUUGAUGUUCCUCCCGCAAGGAAAUCUUCAGAGGAACUGGACAUGGACAAGGUGACUGCGGCCAUGGUAUUGACCAGCUUGUCAACCAGCCCUUUGGUCCGAAGCCCUCCUGUGCGACCUAAUGAGGGUCUCAGCGGGUCCUGGAAGGAAGGCGCACCAUCCAGCAGCAGCAGCAGUGGCUACUGGAGCUGGAGCGCUCCGAGUGACCAGUCCAACCCCUCCACACCCUCUCCGCCACUGUCGGCUGACAGCUUCAAGCCCUUCCGUAGCCCUGUUCCACUUGACGAUGGCAUCGAUGAGGCAGAGGCCAGCAACCUGCUCUUCGACGAGCCCAUUCCCAGGAAGAGAAAGAACUCCAUGAAGGUGAUGUUCAAAUGCCUUUGGAAGAACUGUGGCAAGGUACUGAACACGGCAGCAGGCAUCCAGAAGCACAUCCGGGCCGUCCACCUCGGGCGAGUAGGGGAAUCUGACUGCAGUGAUGGGGAAGAAGACUUCUACUACACGGAGAUCAAGCUCAACACGGAUGCAGUGGCUGAAGGCCUGAACAGUGUGGCCCCGGUUUCGCCCUCCCAGUCCCUGGCUUCACCUCCUACGUUUCCCAUCCCAGACUCCAGCAGAGCAGAAACUCCUUGUGCCAAAACAGACACUAAGCUGGUGACACCACUGAGCCGCUCAGCCCCCACCACCCUCUACCUCGUGCACACUGACCACGCUUACCAGGCCACGCCCCCGGUGACUAUUCCGGGAUCUGCUAAGUUCACCCCCAAUGGCAGCAGCUUCAGCAUUUCCUGGCAGUCUCCUCCAGUCACUUUCACAGGCGUUCCGGUGUCUCCGACACACCAUCAUGCAGCCGGCACAGGAGAGCAGAGACAGCACGCUCACACCACCCUGUCCUCCCCGCCCAGAGGGACAGUCACCCUGAGAAAGCCCAGAGGAGAAGGCAAAAAGUGCCGCAAGGUUUACGGGAUGGAAAACAGGGACAUGUGGUGCACCGCCUGCCGCUGGAAGAAGGCCUGCCAGCGGUUCAUCGACUGAGCCGGGGGGCAGGCUCACCCCAGCCAUUCCUGCCUCUCCCUCUAAAGGGAGCUACUCAAGGCCCAGGGAAGGCCCUCCUGGAAUUCCAGGAAUAUAAUUCCUUGGUGGAAUUAAAGCAGAAACUCAGCACCGCGCUGCUCUGAGAACCGGGCAAGAGCACCAAGCAGGACUUUUUCCUUCGAAGGAAAAGCCAGCUUCCUUCGCUAUUAUCAGGUCUUAAAGCUGGUCUUCUGUAGCAUCCAAGCCAACCAGGCCCAUCUCCCCUAGAGAGAAGGAGAUUUUCAUAAGCUUUCUGAACUGUGGCACCUUGGAGGGUCUUUGACACUGAGAAUGGUACGCCCACAAGCUACGCAGUAUGAGGUAGCAGUUGUAUAAAGGACAGUACCCACCUUGUGAAUAGGCCUCUCCCUGUUUUCUGUCCAGCUCCUUGGAGCAGUCCGCACCAUGACGUAUUUCAAGAAAGAACUUUUCUAUGUCUGUUUUGUUUUCAAGGACCCAAGUGGAACCACUGUAAAGAUGUUAGCUUGCAAGCCCUGGGUAGCAUACGGCCAGAAGUGUUUGGCCGUGGGAAUCAUGUCAGCCAUCACCUGAGGUCAGGACACCAAGAGGCACUACAGAAAGCAUCUGGGGAUUGUCCUUGGAUGCCAAAGGUUGCACCAACUCUGCCUGCCACGGCUCAGAUCAGAGCUGUGCCAGUAGCAGUCUGGUAAGCCUUGAUGCUUCCUUCAGGGAUAUCGCAUACUGCAGCUUGGAUAGUGUGCCCUGCUUGGUCCCGCCAAGAUGGUAGCCAGGGCCCUGGGUUAGCAUCUUGCUCUCCAACUCCGCCAGGUAGAAAACUCCAGACUGGCCAGCAGGUUUGCUUCCAGCAGAGCACAGCUGACCUGCCCCUGCCUGUGGGAAAGAUCACUGGGGCCACAAGCCAACUGCCAUUGUGAGUGCACUUUUCUAGAUGUCAUGCUUUACACGGCUAGGGGAUGAGUUAGUGGACUUGGUGACAUAUAUGGAUGAUGGAAAACUAAAUUUUGUUGUAUUAUAAAAAUAUUGGAACUAUGAAUUAAGAAUUUGCUCAGAAAGUAACCUACAGGAUGCCCAAAAGCAAAUGCAUCUUAGUAUAGAACUCUCCAUUCAGUAGGGCCAAGGCUCGGUGCCAGCUGUUGGGAUGUCUGUGCCAGUGGACUUGGCUGUUUGAAGGGUAGAGCUGGGAGCGUCCAUCAAGCCUAGUCAGGACGCUUACUCCCUGCCUGCCCUGCUUACGAGACAUGAGUGUCCUGUACCUGUGCAUGGUAAGAGCACCUUCCAGGAGCCGCUGGGUAGGGAUGGGGAACAUGGUGUCAGCCAUAUGAAUGUUAUUGAAGUUGCACAGAGGAAAGCUUAAUAUAUGUCUAAAGAUUGUACAUAGUGCUUUUUUACAAAGUAGAAGUCCUGUCGGAAUCAGAGAUGCCUCUUUUUAUGUAAGGGGUAUGUAUAGAGGUUCUACAAGGGAACAUCCCCAAACUGGUGCAUUCAUGUAUUUUGGCAAUUUUGUUUUUUAAAUCCACGUGGCUUUUUAUCACACAAGUCAAGGAGAACAGGAAAGAGAUCCUGAUCUUUUCCUUCGGAUACUUAAAAGCAAAACCUUUAUCUCGAGAAGAGAGAAAGCUUUAUCUGAUUUCCCUGUAGGCUGAUGAUCAAUGUCAGCCAUGCCAGCUGUUCCAGAUGUUUUGACCUGCAACCAGGAAACGGCAUUUUGUUUUUCAAGUCCAGAGCUAGAGUGCUUUACCCUGGACAUGUCCUCUCUCCCGUGUCCUGCAGCCUCACUGCCCUGAAAUGGUGUUCUGGCUGCUCCAAGAGGUCCUGAGCAACUGUAGAUCAUGUCCGUCAGCUGCUUGGUCAAGUUCACCAUGCGCUUAAGUAAUAGGUGGGUCCUAGGCCACAGGGUUCUCAGCAAAGCUCCCUCAGAUUCUUUUAAUUGCAGGUGAAGACUUUAAUCAAAACAGUAAAGUGAUGUGAAAUUAAAUCCAGCUUCUCUUGAAGAACUUCGAGGUGAAGUGAUGCUUUCUGCAUGAGAGCAGGCCUUAGGGCUCUCCCCCAGAAACACAGCCUGAACCUGCUUGUCUGGCAGACCUGAACCUGCUUGACUGCGCUGAUUGUCAGCACAGUCACCACAGCAAAUGCACCUGGCCUGGAUCCCUCGUUUUCUCUAAAGCUUUCACCAUGCCAGCUCUUGGGCAUCCCCAGCCCUGCCUAGGGCCUUAGUCUCAGGUCAGCCCUAGGCACUGUAUCUUUUCUUACCUGGCUUUGAAGGUGCAGGCCAAUCCUGAGUGCAGUACUGGACAGUGUGCCCAUUCCCUGUGUGCAAGGGUGCAGUUCCAGGGGACCAGAAAGCUCUGACUGAGAUGCUGCCGUCACUGGUUGUAUGAGUUACAUUUUUAAGUAGUUAUUUUGAUAUUUGGGGAACCAAAUGAAGUGCCAAAUGAAGCCUGACUUUUCAUUUCAUGCCAUCUCCAUGAAACUAAGUUCUUUUAGUGUCUUCAUUUUGUGGAGCAACAGAGAAAGGAAGGCUGAGAGUUGGCUGCUAGCCUGAGGCUCUGCACCCCCAGGGCUGACAGCCCUGUCUAUAAAAGGAGCGGUGAUGUAAUGAAUUUUUGUCCAAUGGAAAUUUCUAAUUCUUCUUCCAUGAUGCCCUUUCUUAUGAGAAAGUUUUCUCGUUUCUCCUGGAAAAAGCAUGCCACAGUGAUUGGCAGGACACCCCCCAGCCAGCUAGGAAGCAGUGUGUGCAAUAGGCGAUCGUUUCCAGCCUUAGCCUCCCCAGAAUAUGGACAGUGAAAGCCAGUGAGACAGCAUGGAGAAACCCCCAGGUAGCAUAUGUGUCAAGGGGGCCGUGCAGGAGACCUACGCACCCUGUCUUCUGCUCAUCUUCUUGGACUGCUCAGCCAAGAAUCCUCCCAUGUCUGCCACAGAUGUCCAAACCAAGAGGCUUUGGCAGGAGCCGUCCAUGCUCACCUUCUCCCACCCUAUGUCUGGGAAAUAAGGUUCUCUGGACCAGCAAAAGCCAGCACCAGGAAGAAAUCCGUGGGUUUCCAACCAGAGUGGGCCUGUAGUGCCCACUGACAGCCAGUAGCAUGUCCAAGAGGUCCCCUUGAGGAAACUCCUUGCCUCCUGUGACCAAGCCGCAAUAAAGAUCAUCUGUAGAGAACAGCACUGGCGUUGGACCCUCCAAAUUUUGAAGCCAAAUUGUUCCCCGUUGCAAUUCAAGAUGACGAGCGUUGGAGUCUGCCUUCUCUGGUAUCGGAGUACACCACACUGUGGCCAGAAGCCCUGGGCUUAAGGUGAGCCAGCCCUGUAAGAGCGUCUGCUUCCGUCUCUCACUUCAGCCGCACUGCAAGACAGCGGCGGCAUCGACUAGAGAAGGUUCUGAGAAAAGAGGUGACACGAUACAUACGAGAGAAUAUGUUGAGCAUGCUACUGUAGCAGAAUACUGUAAACACUACUCAUUCCUCAGGGAAACAAGGAUGAUGUGGGAAGAGAUCUGGAGAACCCCGUGACUAGGAAGAUUUUUUUUAACCACCUCAAGUCUUUUCUUCUCAGAAAAAGUUUUUCUUUAUGUAAACUCUCAGUAUCAUUUCAAGACAAAUCCAUGUCAGCUGGACAGGCAGGCGACUUCUGUGAGGUGUGGCCGAAGUACCCCAUGCAUAACCGUCUCUUUGUAACUGGCCUAAAGCCGACUGAUGUGUGAGCCACAGGUGCAGAGCCUGCUGGGCACUCAUAGACGUGACAAGGCUUCCUCUGAAUGUAAACAUAAAAAAAAGGCCUUGCUGUUCCCGUUGUAAUCUUCCGUCUUGGGCCGCUGUUUAUUAGCAUCCUCUAAGUGAGAGAAAGCUGCCCAAGGCCUGUGGUUUGCUUUAGUUGCAUGUUCAGGAGCGCACUGCCAUGGACUCCUAUGGACAAGGUGCUGCCUUUUCUCACAUCCGUAGGAUUUCCACCACCCACAUGAGCUGUAGCAUUGACCUGUGUGAAUAUGUGCAGCUGAGUGGAGCCAGCAUGGCCCGUCACCGUGACAGGCGGCAGUGUGGGUCAUUUCAAAGGCCAUGUCAGGCACAUGGGUCAACUGGCAAUUUUAUUUCUGUAAGAAAGAAACCUACCAGCAGCACACAGGUGCCCCCGGUCCUCCAUAGGGAUUCCUCCAUGUUAAAACCGUUUCUUCCCGCCUUUUCUGCGUUGUAAAUAGCCACAUGGGAAGUUAGUAAACAAAUGAGGUUAGCACUUUUAGGUACCAGUUGUCCUGAGUAACUGUACUCCAACAAAGCAAAGUAUGAAAUGAACUCGACUGGCUUCUGAAGGCGGACCUGGAAAAGGCCCGUUUCCAAUGAUACACAUGCUUUAAAGAGAGUACCUAUCACAGGGCCAGGGGUCAAAACGGGAAUUUUCAUCUCCUGUCCUGCUUUGUAAAUAGCUCCUUCUUUUCCUAAGACAAUCUCAUGUUUUAUAACUUUUGUUGUGUGUGUCUUGAGAAUCAGCAAUGGUAAUGUGUUAUGGUAGAUGUAACCUUAAAUACAAUAAUAAUUACAACUUAAAUUUCCAAAUGGAAGAAAUAGACUGCUUAGGCUUCUGCAAGAGACAUGACACUUUUAUAAUAAGCAUUAGUACUUAACUUCUCAAGUUUAACAGAACUGGAAAUAUUUUACAAGAUACCGUGUUUUAUAAUCACAGAGAACAUGAACACUUUGUGGGAAAUGACCUUGGUUUUAUACAUUGUAGCUUAUUUUUUAAAUGCAGUAUUUUAACCCGCAGGAAGUGUAGAUACGGCACACAGUUCCUGCUCACAAUCCAAGGGCUAUGUCACUUUUAAGCAAGUGUUUGAUGCGUAUCUUUUCAAUUAACCCUCUGAGCAAGGGUAGAAAUGCAGGACAGAUAGAAAGGUCAUUCACAAGAGAAACAAUGAAGCAGCAACUAUUCCCUCAUCGUGACCAGUGUGUGUCAAAGCAUCUUUGUGGGGGCGGGGGGACGGCACAUGAAGACUCAACCUUCCAUAUUUUAAUCCUAAGAUGCUAGCACAUAGGCUUCUAGGCCAUGGGAGAAACACUCCUCGAGUGUAAUAUGAAUUUUCUUAGGAGUUUUCACCUAUCAGAACUAUAUGCCCACAUUUAAUAAGCAAACAUCACUUGGUGGUAGUGUCUAAAACCAUGGUAUCUAUAUGUUUUGUUCUCACCACUGCCAACUGAGAGAUUUUCUCAUCAGGACCGUUUGACUCUUGUUUGAUUUCACGAGGAAAAACUCACAGGCACACAAGGUUGUGAGCAGAAAGUGGCAGUAUCCCCAUGGGACGUAAGAAAUGGGAGCCACACAAACAGUUGUGAGCAUUGCCAAGGCUAUUUUAAGCUGUUCCACAUCCUCAAGCCCACUCACUGUUAUAGAAAACAUCUUCCCAAGAGUUUAUUGACUCAAAAAGCUAGCCUAGUUCAGCCAAGUAUGCAGACAGCUUCAAAACAGAAGCUGAGGUGUGGCGGCUGUGUGCCUGCUGGAUAACUUACCAGUUACUCCAGACAUCGUUCUGGCUCUGGUUCCAUGGAAGGGUUACAAUCUGGUCAGGGGGAAUUAUAAAGGCAUCGUGUGAAGGAACUCCUGGUACAGCCUUGCACCCAGUAUCUGAGCGGGCUGGCCUGCAGCCAGCUCUCCAUGCCAUCCCCUUGGAUAGCACCACUGAUGGAUGGCAUUUGGGUGCCCAGCAAGUUUUUCCUGGCACGUGGUUUUGCACUGUGUGCAUCUUACCCGACCUGUGCAUGGAACUCUCUUUCCAGAGGCUGUGCAUUUAGACGCCUUAGAACAGCUGGAAAAGGACUGUAGAUGUUCAGGGCGUGCCAGGACCCACAGUGGAAGUGGUGUUGGACUAGGCAGCUGACAUCUACCGAAGAGGAAGGACCCUCACUCAGCCUUUGACAAUCAAGACCCAGAGGCAUCAGGCCAGGUUGCCCAGAUCCAAACUGGAGACUUGGCACCACCUGACAACAAGUGUUGACCACUAGCAUGGGUUCUCGGCCAAUACUGCAGACCAAAGAAAAGCUGUGUGGGGGCAGAGGCAUCCUGUAGCACUGCAUUCAGCUGUGGAAAUCAGUUCCACACUCCUUAGCUAACAGGCCCAGAUUCAUCCAUGAGCACCAUAGACUCAUGUGCUGGUGCAAUCUGAACAGCAGACAUUUCAAAAGAGGAAAGAAGCUAUUCCUCCCUAGAGAGUAUUCUCAUGGAAGACAAAACUACAACUGCCCUCGCUUUAGAUUAGCCUUGCCCCUGAUCAGAAUGCACUGAGUUGUCACCCAGUUCUUGCCAGAGCUGCCUCCUGGCAUACCCAGGCCACACCCCAAAGGACUGAAGAGCUGUAAUCCUGACUCUUACUGUGUCUGCUACCGUGACCACUGUGAUGAAGGGCUGGCAAAGGAAAAACAGAGAAAAAGGGAAGGAAGGAAAAGAAAAUAGUCACGUGCCUUUUGUGGAGGCAGCCAGGUGCCCUGAAGUUUUACAAUGGCACAUGGUACCUCCCAUGCCAAUGCUCUCUGCCCUCUCUUCAUACUUCCUAGGCCAUCCCUCUCCUUGUUCAUAUAUACAUAAUAUAAUUUAUAUAUAUAUAUAAAACUUCGCCUCUGAUCUGGCAAGGCCCUUGCUUUGGAACUAAUAGGCACUUAGUGUUUUCAGGAGCCCAUUCACCUUAAAGGAAUUUUUUUCCACAUAGAAAAUCAUAGUGUCUUUCUCGGAGUGCGAAAUAAAACUGAGAAUGACUAUGAUGCAUGUGGAGGGUGUGCAAAUUAGACUUUUCACUGUUCUGAGAAAGUACAUUAUUUUAAACUGUCUUCUCUUGAAGUCCUGCUGUUACAGGGGCAGUUCUAUAUGGUAAAGCAAGUCUCAUUCAGACAUUACUUCCUUUGAUCUCCAUAUGGAGCUAGUAUAGAAAACAAAUCCUAAGGCCACUCCCCCAUGCAGGCCGAGACACUGGAGCAAACCUGUGAGUCAGCGCCAUCAUUGCCUGCAGAGAGGCUUGGCCCGGCUGUCCUCCACUGUGACUCAAGAUUCCCAGGGCCCCACCACGUUCUCAGGCCAGAAGUUAGGAGCACUCAUUUGUGUCACCAAGUGCAAAUUCAGUCAUCCAGUGAAAUGGUCAAGUAGAAGAGUUCAUUAGCUAAAGCAAUACUCUAAAUAAAAAUGUUGAAUCCUUAAGAAAAGAAAAUAGUUUGCUGCUGGCCUCUAGCCUUUCAGACUGUGUAAGUUUAAAUUGAUACUAGAUGAUGCUUUCAAACCAGCUCAAAGUUAACGUUUGUAGAACCAAAUCAAAAAGACCUUUAAUUAAGCAUGUUAGAAGUGCCUAGGUCAGUUGAAUUGUGUAAAUUUGAAUGCAGUUUAAAUGAUGCUGGCAAAUUUAAAGAGAUGGCUUCCAUUAUGGAUGGUUUCCUUUAUAGGCUGCCCGAUACAUGAAUGAACUCCAUCCCAGGGUGCCAGGGUGCCAGGGUGCCAGGGUGAGCAUCCCAAGUUCAGAGUAAAGCACUCACCAGGAAUCUUGUCAUAGGACUGACUAGAAGGAAGCCCCAGAAAACUAGAUUGGCCAGUUACCUAGUUCAUGAGCAGGUUUCUGUUUUCUUAUCAUUGACAAUGCUACUGUGUUUUAAGUAACUCAGUGCUGGGAGGCAGAGUUGGUUUGCUCCUUUCUACUCUGACCAAAAGGCAGCCGGGUGUGUGGUUUGCCGCCUGUGCUUGACUGACAGUAUACAGGGAGGGCCUAGUGUUAAUGGACACAAGCAAAGCAAAUAACUAGAUGUCAGGUUAGAAUCAAAUAGUAGUUUGUUCUUCUUUAAAAAAUGUUCUUUUUCAGCGGACAUUAUUGAAUUGUGAGCCUCCAGAGAGAAUUCCCCCUUUUAUGCUCUAAGGCAGUAGAUUGAUUAACUAUUUCACUUUUUUUAUUACGAUCAAGUCUCCCCAAGUUUUUCAUUCAGAAAAUUAGCCAAAGUAGAACAUGGUGGCCCCUAGAAAAGGCAAGAGAACUGUGACUGCAGAAGGAAGCCUUCGGGGAAACACAGAUGCCUCCUCUUUUCUUCUGCUCUGUCUCCAACCAUGACUGAAAACGAAAACUCUAAAGGAGACAGACCUUUAAGUGAGUCUGAAAGAAGAGUCCCUAUCUAACUGCAAUUUCCGCCAUCUUGGCAGAUUGCUGCAUAGACACUUUCUUUCCCUUCUUGGUCCUCAUCUCCUAAUCCAGAAGUCAAAUGUGUUCAUUUCCAGAUCCAGAGACGAGCCUAAGUUAUUGUUACUUAGUUACUUACUUAAUACUUGCUCUAAAGUCACCACCCGAAGGAGUGGAUGCUUAACCUGGGGAUGUUCAUUUUGCUCAGUGAGUGGCUACCCUCCCUGUGAGAAGUGGCCGCUCCCUGUCUGAACAGACAGUCUCUGGGCUGUGAGGCGAGGAUCUGCAUUGGCUCCACCACCCUACCACCGAGAAACAGCAUCUAUUCCCUUCCAUGUGCCUUAGGGCACUCAGUGUGGUCACCUACCCAAAGCUAGAGUCAGUGAGACAAUAUGCUGUGUUAGGGUGGCAGCAACCCAGGAGGGCUUCAGACUAAAUUCUUCCAGGCACUACCCCCACCCCACCCCACCUGCUCAAGGGUUAGAGUGGGUGAGAUUGGCCUCCACCGUGAUGAUGGAGUGUAAUUGUUCUGUUGUAGAUCUCUGGAAAGCAAAAACUACUGCCAUCUGCUCACCUUGUUAAUCAUUCCUUCCCCCAGGACAGCCCCAGCUCUCAUUUCAGGUACAGACAACAAGACAGGAAAGAGAAGGCUCACUGCAGGAAUCGGGGCAGUUCUUAGGUCUGAGCUACCCCUCAGAGAUCCAUCCCUGAAUGGGGGAAGGACGCCCAAUGUGGCAGACUGCAAUCAGAGGGAUAACUUUUUUAGGCCCUCUCUCUAUAUCCUUAUUAGAAGUAGGUGGCUGUGACGUGGCGUGAUCAACCCCUGUAUGACAGCAUGGCUUCAACUUCUGGUGUCUCAACAGGGGAAACUGAUCACGGGGAGAAAGCUUCAGAUGAAAUCUAGAUGCUUCAGAAAGCACAUGGUGCUCCCAAAACAUACUAUCUCCAUGACUUCCAAACAAAUACCCCGGGUGUAAAAACAGUCAGGGUGGUGUAAACAUUGCCCUUGCUCCGUGUUUUCCUACAGUACACCUAAAAUUCCUAUUUUUGUAACGAUAAGACUGUGGUCGGUCGAGUAAACACUCUUAUGAAUUAACUAGUAUACCCUAGUAUAGUUUCCAAAUAUAUCAUAUCAUAUAGUCCUAUAUACGUGGAAGCACUCAGGGGAAGAAAGUACAUGCUAGGUCCCAAAGGGUUCAAGACUAUCAUCAAAAACAAAUGCCAGGUGACCUGUGGCCAUUGCUCGAAAACGAGGGGGCUGGGAGGGGACUAUUGGCUGAUGAUUCUCAGCUGCCCUUAGCAGUGGGAAUCAGCAUAUUCUGCCCUUAAAGGUAAGCCAUCCUUUGAAAUUUUCAACACCAAAUCUUAAAGUAUGAAAAAGAAAGUUACCAGAUAUUUAAAGUGAGGUUGUUCGUGGAAAUGCUGUCUGUAGCUCUGCUUAUAGUGUGUGUGAUAAAAACAAAAGCCGAACUGAGGCCAGGAAGCAUCCUCUGGGCGACACUGGCGUUAGGGUGGGUGCAGGCAGGGGUGGGCGAUGACUGAAGGUUUGGCAGCAGCACUCUCCAGUACACAGAGGUCUUUUGAGGUACAAUCUUUCCAUCGUUUCAGGGGUAAGUACUUCCUUACAAAGUCUUUAAUAAUAAAUGAAUGUAUAAAAUGAUAAACUAUGCAUUUUCAAAGAGAAACAUGUAUUUUGUAUCAAAUCCAAGUACUUUUUUUCAUAGAGAUUUAUCACAACUACAGAUUAUUCAAAAUAAAUGAGAAUGCCAAUCCUCAUAAGGGUGUGGGGUGCCUUUGUUUUCACGCUGAUGAUUUCAAGACAGCGCAUCCAGACUCGGAUCUGAAAAAGCUAGCCAGUGCAGUGGGUGAGGAGGACGCGCCUUCUCCCAGAGGGGACCACUAGCACACUGCCCACUUCUGAGAGAUGGAUUAGCAAGUAAAAGGGGCCAGGAGUGUGGCUUAGGGGUAGAGCUCUUGCCUGACUUUCGAGGAGGCCUGGGUUCAGUCUCCAGCACUGCAAACAGUAACAAUAAGCAGGCAGACAAAACUGUAGAAAGUUACCAUUGCAUUGGCUAAAGAUGACCCAGCUUAGACUGUUGUGGCUAAUUCUCAGUCCAGCCGUGGAUGAGGAAGAGUUUAGGUUAUAGUUUUCAAAGAACAAAAUAUAAAUUAUUUGUCUGACAAGGCAAAUAAUUGAUUUUUUUUGUUCAAAAUUACAUGGAGGUGAUCACUUAUAUUUGAAAAAUCUGUACAGAAUAUACCCAAUUCUCUCCAGCCUUGUGCUGAUGGGCCUUUCCACUGGUAAUGGUUCUUUCCUCCUUUGGUCAGUACUCACCCCAUUACUCCAGCAUCUCCCCACCACGUGACAAUGAGGAAAUGAACCCCACUUCUCUGCUGUUCUGGUUCUCUUUGUGUCUGCUGAGGAGGUCUCUAGGCUGUUUAUAACAUGGGAAAACACAUUUCUAACCCUGGUACUUAAGGUCAUACGAGAUACGUCUGCAACCUAAAUAGGAGAUAGAGGGGAGGGCGAUGUGUCUUUUUACAUGGUUUUUAGCCAAAUCCAGAUGUUCUGAUACUCCGUUUCUGAAUCCUUUUCUGACUGUAAAUACUGCCUGCAGAGGUUCAGGCUGACAACCUUUUCUGAGACUGUUUUCAGCCGAGCUCCUUGCCAGCUUUUGGCACAUUGUACAUAGAUACGUCAAGUGUUUCAAUGAUGUCGGUUUUUUUCUAAAUGCUGUUCUCUAACACAUUUUUUUUUUUUGAAAAAAAAAGUGUCUUUGUUGUUCUGGACUUUGUGUGUUAGUUUUACAAAACAUUUCCUAAGAUUUAACACCAGGAAAAAAUAUUUUAACAUAAACUGGUGCUAAUUGGAAAAGAAGAAAAUUUUCAGCUUCAAGAUUUACAAAAGAAAAUGUUCACACCAGUUAACUGCACUUUCCCAAGGGGAUGGCUGCUGUCCACUUACAAUGGGCAUCAAGAGGACCAGCAAAAGUUUACAGUAUUGAUGGCCCAUUGAUGUGUCCUACAGCAAGGAGUCCUUGUCCCCCCAGAGAGGAGGAUUUGCUGGGUAGUCCUCAAAGCAUGUAGUAGAAGGAAGGGUGUAGAGUCAACCCUUUAGAAAUAGUCUUCUGGUCUUUGGACUUUCAUGUUUUGUAAUGCUUAGCCGUAACAAUGAAUAUGGUGUUGCCAAUCUAGUCUGACUUCAUUGUCAUCCUGUACUGACUCUGUGUAUGGUUCUACCCUUGGCUUGCACUGGCACGAACCAAGCCAGAACACAAGUCUUUCAGAAAGACCAUUCUGAUUUCUAUGAUGUUCACACACAUGAAUUUAGAUGCACUUGUAACUGGUUAAUUACCAUGAAAUAAGUCUAACUUCCACUUAAUAAAAGGAUUUUUGUGUA